AUGGGAAAGGCGUCAAAGUGGUUUCGAGGACUCCUUGGUAUGAGAAAAGCAGAGAGUAGCUCAGCUGGGAAGCCACCCAAAGAGAAACGACGAUGGACCUUCGGGAAAUCAUACAAAGAAAAAGACAACAACAACAUCAUCAUCAACAACAACAACAACCAUGAUGUUGUUGCUAACACUGUCCACCGCCACGUCACCUUAUCAGAACACGUGGACAACAAGCACGCCAUCGCGGUCGCUGCCGCCACUGCUGCGGUUGCGGAGGCGGCUGUGGCUGCUGCUCAAGCGGCUGCCGCCGUCGUCAGAUUAACAAGCAGCAGCGGCAGGUGCGCGGAGGCCGCCGGAGGCCUCAGGAUUCGCGAAGAAUGGGCAGCCGUUAAGAUCCAAGCCGCUUUUCGAGGCUGUUUGGCAAGGAGAGCACUACGAGCAUUAAAAGGGUUGGUGAAGCUACAAGCAUUGGUGAGAGGUCACAUUGCGAGGAAGCGUACAGCAGAGAUGCUGAAAAGAAUGCAAGCACUCUUACGAACACAGGCACGAGUCUGUGCAGGACGUACCUUGCAGAACUCAUAUUCAAGUGCAAAGUCAUCUACGUGCCACCUCCAUGGUCCAGCAACACCAGACAAAUUUGAAAGCCCUAUCAGAUCUAAGAGUUUGAAAUAUGAGCACUCACCUAUACUCAAGAGAAAUGGCUCCAAAUCCUGUCUCCUGAUAAAUGGCAAUCAAGAGAAACAUGGGAAUAGGCCAGCGAGUCAGGUAGAUGAACAAUCAUGGAAUCAAGGAAGAUCAUUGAUGAGAACCUGUAGCACGAAUGAUGAAAAAAGUGAUAGGAUUCUUGAAAUUGAUUCUGGAAAACCCCACUUCACAUCUAGACGUAGAAACCUCUUUCACUCCACCAGUCAUGCUUUAGGUUCUGAUCAUCUUAGUAAGAGUUUGACCACUUCAAAAGAGUCAACAUCUCUUCAAUCUGGUCAAAGUCCAUCUUGUGAAGUUCAGUCUUAUAGCCAAGUAAAAAUCAACGAGGUUGAGGAGAGUCCAUUCUGCACUGCAGAAAAUAGUCCCCAAUUUUUAUCUGCCACCUCUAAAGAUGAUGGCUACAAAAGAAGUCCUUUUACUCCUACCAGAAGUGAUGGCUCAAGAAACUACCUUCGUGGUUAUUCUGACUACCCAAGUUACAUGGCAUAUACUGAGUCUUCAAAAGCAAAGGUUAGAUCUCUGAGUGCCCCAAAACAAAGGCCUCUAUAUGAGAGGUCCACCUCAUCUAAUAGGUACUCACUCAAUGGAUUUGGUGAGUCAAGAUUGGCUACACAGAAGACAUCAGCAUUGCAUGCAAGCUUCACCAGCAAAGCCUAUCCAGGUUCUGGUCGUUUGGACAAGCUUGGUAUGCCUGUGGGGUAUAGAUACUGA